UUCGUGCAUCAGGACACAAACUCUUAUAAAAUACUGUUAAAAAUCAAAGUCCAGUCCCAAACUCCUAUUAACUCACGACUGAAUUUUGACAAAUCACGUUUUAAUUUGCACAUAGAAUUCUUAUCUAAUUAAUAUUUGUAUAUUUAAUCCAAAAUAUAAGAUUCAAUUUCCAAUUAAAACACAAAGCUGUCUAUGAAAGCUAGAUUUGCUUGUGGGCCAGCUAGUUCAUUCAUUGUUGAUUAUCUCUUAUUAAUCAGUUCAUUUAUACUACGUGCAGUAUGAAGGAGCAGUUAAGGAGGACGGAAGGGGACAAACCAUCUGGGAUAAAUUUGCACAUUCUUCUGGAAAAAUAUCUGAUUUUAGUAAUGCAGAUGUUGCUGUGGAUCAGUAUCACCUUUAUCCUGGAGAUAUUCAACUUAUGAAGGAUAUGGGAAUGGAUGCCUACAGGUUUUCAAUUGCAUGGUCUAGGAUUUUUCCCAAUGGAACUGGGGAAAUCAAUCAGGCAGGAGUUGAUCACUACAAUAACCUCAUCAAUGACCUGCUAGCCAAUGGAAUUGAACCAUAUGUGACUCUCUACCAUUGGGACCUUCCUCAAGCUCUGGAAGAUAAGUAUCUUGGAUGGCUCAGCCCCCAGAUCCUAAAAGAUUUUGCAACAUACGCCGAGACAUGCUUUCAGCACUUUGGGGACAGGGUGAAGCAUUGGAUCACAUUCAACGAGCCUCAUACUAUUGCAGUACAAGGCUAUGAUGAGGGUAUCCACGCACCUGGUCGAUGCUCCAUCCUUCUUCACUUGUACUGCAAGGCUGGUAACUCUGCAACUGAACCUUACAUUGUUGCCCACAAUGUCCUCCUUUCUCAUGGAGUUGUGGCAGAUAUUUACAGGAAAAAUUACAAGCCAAAACAACAUGGAUCGAUUGGGAUAAUACUGGACAGUUUUUGGUAUGAACCAGCAAUGAACUCCACUAAGGACAUUGAAGCAACACAACGAGCAAUAGAUUUUAAUUUGGGAUGGUUUAUUGAGCCUUUGAUCUUUGGUGAUUAUCCCAGCUCAAUGAGAAAUAGAGUAGCAAGCCGAUUGCCAACUUUUUCAGAAGCUGACUCUGCUCUUCUCAAGGAUUCCUUCGAUUUUAUUGGUAUAAAUCACUAUACUACAUGGUACGCCAAGCAUAACUCGACUAACAUAAUUGACGUUCUGCUCCACGACACCAAUGCAGACUCCGGUGCCAUUACCCUCCCUUUCAGAGGCCUCAAAGCUAUAAGUGAUGACAAGGCAAAUGCCAUAUGGUUAUACAUAGUACCUCAUGGCAUUAGAAGCUUGAUGAAUUAUAUCAAGCAAAAGUAUGGGAACCCUUUUGUCAUAAUCACUGAAAACGGGAUGGAUGAUCCAAAUAGCCCCUUCAUCUCAAUUAAAGAUGCUCUGAAGGAUGAGAAAAGGAUCAAAUACCACAAUGACUAUCUCGAGAACUUGCUGGCUUCUAUCAAAGAAGACGGGUGCAAUGUGAAUGGUUAUUUCGUAUGGUCACUCUUGGAUAAUUGGGAAUGGGGAUCUGGAUUCAGCUCCAGGUUUGGUCUCUAUUUUGUGGAUUACAAGGACAAGCUCAAGAGAUACCCCAAGGACUCUGUUCAGUGGUUUAAAAUUUCUUGACUUCUACCUAAAUAAGGAGGGUGCAAAUGCUGCAAUGAUACAUAUAUGUUUACCCCAAGGACUCUGUUCACUGUUUUAAAAACUUCUUGACUUCUACCUAAAUAAGGAGGGUGCAAAUGCUGCAAUUAUACAUAUAUGUUU